GGUGAUGGCACACUACUCGCACUUCCAGGCACUGGUACUGUCACUGUCACCUGCGCUGCAGUACAGUAGAGACUGUAAGCAGGCAGGGAAGCCGUGGAUGGUGAUGACGUGCAACCACAAGGCAGUCCCGGAGGCUUAAUAGCAGGCGGUGAUGGUUGGGUGGGACGCCUUGUGCGAAGCGGGACUGAGGCGGCAGCUUACCGCUGAGUGGGUUUCAGGGGGCAAGGCGGAGGCUGCGAGGCGCAGGCGGGUUGUUGUAGUUGGCUUCAGUUCUGAUGUGUCACGGGAUUGGCAUUGUGACUUGGAGGUGUCAAGUGGCGAAGCCUCUACACAGCAGCUAGGCCGAGCGGUUGGUACUACCGGUACACAUCAGAGGGAGCGCAAAGCAGAGCGUGCAUUAUUAAAUUGGACCCAUUAGGUGUGUUCGCAUUGCGGUAUUAGUCAGUGUCGCUGGCGCUGCGCGCCUUACAUCGUGGCUUGAGACUCGUUGUGUGUAACUGCCAGGGCGCGCGGCCGCGUAUCCUCAGUUAUCUCAUCAACGCUGGGAUACAAAUUUUACGAUAGCUAGGACUUUUGUUAUUCCCGUUCGGGACUUACAACAAUGGAUGAAAUCCUCCGUGCGCGAAGGCUGACUGAGGAAAUUUUAGCGCGAGCUGCCAGCAUUAAGACCCACAUGGCACAGGUCAACCAGAGCAUGGCCAACAUGGCGCUCAUGGAGGAGCAGCGGCUUCGGGCGGCUAAGGAGGCUGCGGAGGGGAGCAAGCCGUCGCUGGGGCUGAUGGACCUCCCAGACGACCUGCUGCGGCUGAUUGCCGGCUGCUGCGGCCGCUUCGGUCCAGCAGGCGGCCACCCCGCCCCCUCCUCCUCCUCCUCCUCAUGCUCCUCCUCCUCCUCACCCACGCGCCAUCUCUCGCGCUCCCGUACCUCCCCAGCUGCUUACGGCAGCGCCGGCAACAGCACCGGCAGCAGCAGCAGGAGCCACGUCAGCAGCAGCAGCAGCAGCGGUGCGGCCUGUCUGGCGAGUCUUGCUGCAACCUGCCGGAGGUGGCGCCGCCUUGCCACGAAGGAGCCGCAGCUUUGGGAGGACAUGUGCAGGCAGCGGUGGGGUAUCUCCGAGUCCGACCCUGCCCUCGUGCUGGUGGUAGACCCCCGCCAGUUGCACGCACACCUGCACCUGCACCUGCACCUGGCGGCGGCGGCAGCAGCUGCGCCCACGUCGGCGACGGCGGUGGCGGCGACGGCGGUGGCCACGUCUUCACAGCGGGGCGGUGCCGUACUGGCGGGAGUUCGCCCUGUUGCCGCCGCCGGUGCAGCAGCUGGCGGUGGCGGCGGCAGCGGCAGCAGCGCUCCUGGGGGUCGUUUGACGGGAGGUGUGAAGGCGGCGCCGCAGCAGCGGUCUUGGCCGUCACCAGCACGAGCCGCAGCAGCGUCCGGUGGUGGUCGCAGCGGUGGUGGCAGCGGUGGUGGCAGCGGUAGUGGGACGGAAGGUAGUACGGCAGGGCUGAGGAGGGCCCAGCCGUCGCCGCCAAGGGCCGCCGUCAUCACCACGCCGGGCGCCGCCGCAAGUUGCCACGGCCGGCGCCAACCCUACCCCCACCUCCACUUCCUCAGCUGCCGGCACUCCCACGGCAGUGGCCCUUUCCGCCUCCCCCUCCACCUCACUCCCCAACCCGUCAGCGCCAGGGACAGUGUCAGCAGCAGCUGGUGCCUGCGCCCCUAAGCCAAGCUGUGCGGGCCUCACCUCCCCGCCGUCCUCACCCUCACCCUCACCCUCUGCCUCCCAGACACCCUCCCCUCGUGGAACAGCUGCCGCCACCAAGCCGCAUGGGCAGGGGCCGCUGGGCAGCGGGCUCACGGGGUUGACGGGCUUGACGGGUCCGGGUGGACCCGUGGGUCCGUUGCUUGCGGGCGGGGAUGCGCUGGAGCCCGUCCCGCUGGGCUGUGUACUGCAGCGGCUGACAGGGAUGAUGGGUGGAGAUGGAAGGAGCGCAGCCGGGAGCUUGGUUCGGAGCGGCGGUGGUGGUGCUGGCGGCGGGGAGGGUGAAGAGUGUGGCGACGGACCCAACCCGUGGCUGCUGGUGUAUCGUGACAGGAUGGUGGGCUGGCGCGGCGUGCUGUCCAUGUUCCGCUGGCUGCAGUCCCACGGCUGUCCCUCCGCAGUCUCCGGCAGCCACCACCGGCAGCAGCUGCUGGCAGCGCUCAGACACCUGGGCCUCGCCAUCCGGCUGUACGGCUGCCCGGGGCAACAACACCAGCAGAAACAGCCACACCAGCAGCGGCAACAACAACAGCGACAGCUACCGCUACAAGGUCUGCCGUCGGAGCAAGGGAGUCAUCCUUACGGCAGCAGCAGCAGCAGCGGCGGAAGCGGAAGCGGGUGUAGUGGCUGCAGGGCGGCAGCGGGUGGCGUCCGGGUGGCUGAGAGGCUGGCUGCUGAGCUGCUGGCUGCGGCACCUGACGUGGUUCCCUGCCUGCUGGCGCUGCUAUCCAACGAGGGCUGCCUGACGGUGGAGCUGGCGGCGGGGGCGCUGGCGGACCUGAUGGCGUUGGACGAGCAACGACUGGCGGAGGCGGCGGAAGUGCUGGCGGAGGCAGCGGCGGCAGGAGGGAGGGGCGGAGGUGACGGCGGGGCGGAGCAGCAGCGGCAGCGGCGAAGGAGGCAGCUGGAUGCACCGAGUAUCAUGCAACACGUGCUGCUCGGCAGCAACAGCGGCCGCACCAUAGCUGCGCAGCUGAGAGACGGAGUGCGCUCGCCGGGCAUUGUACGACAGGUUACGAGAUGCUUGGUGAACCUCUGGGCGUGCGGCCCGGUUCCCCGGGUGCUGCCGCUGCUGCCCCCUGCUGCUGCUGCUGCUGGUGGCCGCGGCGGCGGCGCUGCUGGAGACGGCUGGGCGGCGGUGCUGCCGGUGCUGGAGUCCGGCGUGUGGCUGCUGCAGGAAUACUCCGCGCGGGGCGACCCCAUGCGGCUCAUCCACACCCUCAUCACCUUCCGACCGGGCCUCACCACGACAGCUGCCACGUCAUCAACAUCCUCAUCAUCAUCCCCAUCAUCAUCAGCAGCAGCAGCAGCAGCAGCAGUCGCGAGCACCAACACAACCUCCUAUAGAAGCGCCUCCUCCGCAUCUACUACCGCAACCCAUUCGGACAUGGAUCCAGACGCCGGGCGUGAAGCCUCUGGAUCUGGAUCCAGAUCACUGGCCGGGCGAGUCAGCCAAGCCGCCGGAAGCAGCAUUAGGGCGGGGGGUGGGUCCCAUGGUACGGAAGCGCUGCCAACAGACGGUUGGAGGCAGCGCAGUUGGACUGGGGACGUCCCUGCCGCUUCUACCGCUGCAUCCACCGGGGCGCCUCCGCCGCUCACCGCCAUUCCCUCCGCCACUCCCUCCGCUGCGGCUGUGCUAGUGGGUCGGGAUGGGAGGCCGGUGGGCGGUACGGCCGCGGCGCUGGCGGCACUAGGCGGCGGCACGCGGGUGGUGCUGGAGGCGGCGGGGAGGGGCGGGGCUGCGGGCGGGAGCAGCGGGGGGUGGCAGCAGGGUGGCGGGCGGCAGGUGGUGGAGCUGCUGGGAGGCGGCUAUGACGUGUUGCUUCCCCGGGGUACCCUGCCUGCAGCCACAUCCGCCACAACACCCGCAGCGCCCACUGCAGCUGCUGCCGCCUCCCCACCCAACCACCCAACCGCCUCCCAUGCUCCGACUACCAACACCAACACCACACCCGGGAGCGGCACAUCUGGCGUCUCCUCCUCCUAUUCCACCACCACGCCCCAGCCGCAACCGCAGCCCCCGCCCCCGCAACCGCUAGACCGCGAGGCUGAGGAGUUCCGGCUGGCGGGCUGGGUGGACCCGGGCAGCGGGGAGUGGCUGCUGGUGCGUAGCUGCGUCAACGUGCCCUUCGCGCUCACCUACCGGGGUUACAGCGACGCGCACGGCUGCUGGGGCACCUACACCGUGCAGCACCAGCCGCAGCAGCAGCAGGCGGCAGGGGGCGGGGGCGCAGCGGGACAGCAAGGAGCGGGGCAGGGUAGCAGUAUGGUGGCAGGCGGCUUGUCGGUGCGGGCGCCUCGGGUGUUCAGGCUGUUCCGGGACCCCUCCCUGCCGCCCCCGGGUGAGCUGCUGAGGCUGCUGGCCGCCAUGCAGGAGCCAACCCAACGUGACGAGUGGCAUCCGCAGCAGCCUCAACGGCAGCCUCAUGCACAGCCUCAACCGCUGCAGGCGGUACGGCAGGAGCAGAUGCAGCGCACGCAGCAACAGCAAGAACGUCAGCAGCAGCAAGAGAAGCGGCAGCAAGGACAGCAGGGUCCGACGCUGCUAGGAGGCAGGCCUUCGCAACAGCCGCAGCAGCAGCAGCGCCGACAGAAGCAGGAUGGGCAACCGGAUGGCGAGGACAGCAGCGAUGGCGGUUGGAGUGAGAUCGACAGCGAUCCAGAGGAGGAAGAGAGCACUGAAGUGGACGAGGGAGAGAGCGAUGUGGGCGUCGCGAGGGUUGCCAACGAAGCGCCCGUUAACCAAGAUGUGAAUCAGCAUAGUGGUCCGAAAGGCGACCCAGAGGUUGCGGUGAGGGAUGCCGCCGAGAAGGUCGAUGAUGAGGAGCUGCCUCAUUUGGAGCCGCUGCUCCCUGCUGCCUAGGAGGGCGGGUUGUGGCGUGCGAUUGUAAGUUGUAAUUGUUUGAAAUUGUACACGGGUCAGGAGCCCUUGACGUGCAGGGUUUCUCACCUCAGGAAGCCGAUGGAGUGCGCGGUGCUCAAGGCAGGAUACUAGUACCUUAAGAGCGUCAGAGGAACAUGCGGAAAGCCGAUGUUGUAGGAAGGCCAUGGCAAGGUAGAAGUUAGGGUAGAGCUGCGAGCGCUGUCACGUUAAACGGUGCAAUGUAACAAGCUGAAAUCAUGCUGGGAUGCUGGGAACUAACAUGCAUACUGAUGCUGGGAACGAAGAGGGCUAGCAGGGCAGAGCAAGACGUUUAGAUAUGUAUACGCGAUGACAAGAACGCUGCGGAAAUGAGGCAAAUGGGUGGUGACAACACUGACAAGGGUGCAUGCAUGGAUGACUAUUGCCGCCGAAGCGGCUGGCGAGGGG